ACCCAACAAUAAUAAAUAAAAAAACACAAGAGAAACAACAACAGAAAGUAACAUGAGAUCUCUCUUACUAGCCUUGUUCCUAGUUCUUGCUUUUCACAAUGGUGAAGCAGCCGUGUCUUGCAACGCUGUGGUUGGAGAUCUUUACCCUUGCCUCUCCUACGUUGUUCAAGGAGGUAACGUCCCAGCGAACUGCUGUAACGGUAUCAGAACGCUCAACAGUCAGGCUCAAACCCCUGUGGACCGUCAGGGAGUUUGCCGUUGCAUCAAAAAUGCUAUAGGAGGUGUCUCUUUCUCUUCUAACAACCUCAACAAUGCUCAGUCUCUGCCUGCUAAAUGUGGUGUGAAUCUGCCUUACAGUAUCAGCCCUUCCACCAACUGCGACAGUAUCAACUGAGAGAAGCAGAGAAGGAAGCUACUACUACUACUACUACAAGAACUAAGACGUCAGUAAUAAAUUAAAACGUAUGGUUUGCUAGUAGCUACGUUAAUCCGUGGUGUAUCAUCACUUCUAUGUUCUUGAAAGUUCUAAUAAAUUAACUAUUCUCGCCG